AUGGCAUCCAGCAGGAACCGAUCGCCGUCCUCGCCGAGCACGGAGUCGUCGUACGAAAGCCAGCAAGAUCAGUGCCAGCAGCAGGAAAGCUACAGAACGGAGCACCUGGAAACCCAAGCACGGUCUGACUCUGACAUGCAGAAGGCUGCGCGUCAGCACCGCGCAGGUAGCAGCGUGCACCACUCUGAAAGCGGGGAGCGCAGCCAGUUGUUGACGGAGAGGUACCGGCACCGAGUGGAGAAGGCGUCGUCAGUUUGGCUGAGCGGCAUCCUGAACGGUCACAGCUAUGCACCGCGGCCCAAGAAGGUGGAUGAGGCGGAGCUGAGCGACACCGCCAAGGAGGAGCUGCUGAAGGAGCGAACGUACACGAUUCCGCGUGGAUACAAGUACUACGUGGAUGGCUUGCCACCAGUGCUGAGCCCGGUGCCACAGAACGGCUUCCGAACAGCCCUCAUCAUCCACAUGAUCUUCUUUGGUAUCGCGUUUGUCUUCACGCUGGCGGCUGCCUGCCCCAUCCCGUGGUACCGUGGCAGGAACGUCGAUGUCGGCGGGGUAAACUACAAUGACCGUUUGUUUUCUCUGUGGAUAGCGGAGGGUGGCAAGUACCCGGCUAUUCGGGUAUACGCGAUGAAGCACUGCCUCUUGGAGAAACAGUUCUACCAGAGCAUUGCCGUUUCCACCAUUCUGGGCUGCGUGCUCUCCUUCCUCUCAUUUCUUAUCUCUGGCGCGCGUCUCUCCGGGCGUACCUCCUACGGCUGGAUCUUACUCUUCAGUUUCCUUGCCUUCGCCUGGACGCUCUGCGGCAAUGCAAUGUCGAUCAGCAUGUAUUAUUCCUCUCGCUGCAAUGCGCCGCGGUUUUCAAACACGGCGAGCCUCGCCGCCGGCUUCGUGCUGUCGCUGCUGGCGUGGAUCUUCCAGUUGGGCGGCCUCCUGGCCGUUGUUCUGGUAACAAAGUUGAACGUUGGCCCGGUGCUGAAGCAGCUGCGUGUGAUGGACACGUACUACAUGGCGCUGCUGUGCGUGUCGCUCCUGUUCCUGUGCGUGGCGAACGCGGGCACUGUGUGGAAACGCAGCUUCAACACGCGUGACGUGAGCGUGGUGCGUGUGACGUACUGGCACACAGAGCUAAUUAUGCCGAACGGCACCAGCCUCUACUAUAGUCGCGGGCACUAUCGCUGCAGUGCCUAUAGCAAGCGCAUGAAGGCGAGUAUCUCGUUUCUCAUCCUAUCCAGUAUUGCUCUAUUUAUGGCGGCUGUGCUGGCGAUCCCGGCCUUCCUCGCGCGCGGCUGCCGUAUCGCCUCGAUCGUCUUCUCCGUCAUCACGCUUGUGUUCUUACUCAUUUCGUGGGUGACUGCCGUCGCUGUGCGGUACCGUAACUCUUGCAUCGGUGCCGUCAAUGGCACCAUGUACCAGUACUACCCGGGUGUGCCCUCCGGCAUUCACAACGGACUGACGAGCUUUCCGGGCUACGGUGUGCAGGAGGGGCUCGUCUUGCCUAUUGUCGCGUGGGUCAUUGUACUUGGCGCCACCGUCCUCAACCUUCGAGUGCCGUGGAUUUAG